CGGUGGUGGAAGGUGAGGAGUUUGUGUGCAAAAAGGUGAAUAAAAUUGAGCUUCUGGAAGGAGUUUCCACUGUGUUGGCGCAAAUAAAAAGUGAAUUAGCCUGUCCAGUGCUAAGAUUGUGAUUGAGAAUCCACAAACCGGUCAGGUGGAAGGUUGCUGCUGGAAUACAAACUAGCAUCAAAAGCGGAAAUCUCUCAUAGUACGAUUCAGACUGUUGAUCGCGUAAGACAAAAGAAUUCUUUCAUUGCUCUUCUCGACGUCUUUGAGAAGAAUCUGUGAGCUUUUUACCUGUCUUUUCGGAAUCUCCUUGGAGUUUUUCUUAUUUCUUUCGAUUCCAAAUCUCUCUGCAAUUGCCACCAAAAUGAGUGCGAAAAUUGUGAAUAUUUGUGUGAUAUUGCUUCUGACUCCUGCAGUUCUUGGACGACCUCAGUUCGUCACCUUUGGCAAGGAUGGGAAAGUUGGGGUUAAUUUCGGUGGAUACCACGCUUCAGCUGGACUUGGAGGCUUGCUGACGGGAAAUGCUGCCCAUGGUGGUUUGUCAGCUUCCGCAGGAACUCCAUAUGGUCAGCAGGCAGGCGCCGGAUUGGGCGGAAGUGUUGAUGGGCGGACCGCUGGUGGUUUGUACGCGGGAGCUUCAGCUGGGCAUGGAGUUGGGGCUAGUGCAGCUCUCGCGGGAAAUGUUGAAGCCGAUGGCGGUGGCGCGGGUGGAAGUGUAGCUGAGGCUCAUGCAACAGGACUGCAGAAGACUGUGGUCCAGACUGUAGAAUCUCAACCACCGCAGGUGGUAACUGUUGAUGCUCCUGUGGUCCACCAUCAGCCCUCCUUGACUGUGACGAAGAAUGUGGUGGCCACCGCAGAUGCUGCUCCGGAGACCACCGUCGGUGAUACUGUGGUCUACCACAAAAUCAAGACUAAGAAGAAGUUCCAUACUGUGCCAGUGCAACCGGCCGUCGUUCAACAGGACACUGUGGUGACACCAGAACAGACAAUUCCUACUGUACAAGUCCAAUCCCAAGCACCAGCAGCAGGUGUUGACUACCGGAAAUUCCUCGAUUUUGGCUUCUUUGCCAACACCGCAGCUGGAUUUGGUGGAGCAGCCCAGGCUCCAGCAGUGCAGCCAGUGCAGACAGUGCAGACGGUGCAGACGGUACCAGCUCAGCCGCAGCAUGUUGUCUAUCGGCAUCGUCAUCAUCAUCACUUGAAGCCCGCCAAGAGAGUUCACUACCAGUAUGUUGCUGCACCACAGCCUCCUCCAGUGGUUCAAGUGGAGAAGAGGGUGUACGUCCCUCCACCACCCACUGUCCAGAUACACAAAACCAUCCAGACAGCACCGGCAGUCGUCCACAAGCCGGUCGUGGUGACGAGACCAGUGAGUUCUGAGAGCAGCGAAAGCAGCUAUAGCGACAGCAUCGAAAGUCACGAGUUGGGAUCGAAAACCAAAACCGUAACAUACACAUCUGGGGUCCAUGGAGGAGUCCAUGGACAUGGAGGAACCUUCUUUGACGGAGUGUUUGGUAUUCCUAUCGCCACUCUGACUGCAGUUAAUCAGUUCCUGAAUGGCAAGGCAGCUGGUGGAGGAGCUCAUAUCCAGAAAUCCGUCACCAUUACCAAAGGGUAAUUUUCCACCCUUCAGGGACAAUCCACCCACUCAACGUCAAUCGUAACUUUUUCCCCAAUUCAUCUUUGAGCUUCCUCUUAGCUUUAGCUCUUUUUCCUUCUUUUUUUUGUUGUAUUCUACAACUGCAAAAUGUGGGCGGCAUUUUACACCGUGAAGUGCCUUAACACAAGGAAAUUGUAAGAUAUAUAUAAAUGUAUUUUUUAUAGGUAUUUGUGAAAUGUUUUCUAGUGAUUUUGAUUAAAUGAAAUCUCUCUAGCACUCGAUUGAAUUGGA